AUUCCCGGGGCGGGGGGGACUAUAGGAGUUAUGGACCGGAUUCCAGGGGGGGUCCAGCAGGUGGAGGGGUGUCGGGACCCCACGGAACUUGGGGCUGACUUCGACCCUUUUCCCCAAAAGACUGUGGGGAGGGAGAUGUGGGAACUAAGCGCAGGCAGGGGUCCGGCGGAAGGUGGAUUCCCCUGUCCCCGACGCGGUGGACCGCUCCGGCUCCUGCCCUUCGCCCCCGCCUACCUGGGAGCGUCGGCCGGGACGGGGCGCAGAGCGGGAGCGCCCAUGGCUCCGGUGGUCAUGGUGACCGUUCCCCUGCCGGGGCUCCUCCUGUUGCUGCUCACCCCCUGGUGCUCAGCCCCGGCCGAUUCCAUCCAGGUGACCGUGUCGGACCCCUUCCACGUGGUGAUCCUGUUCCAACCCGUGACCCUGCCCUGCACCUACCAGUUCUCGGGGAACCCCAACGCCCCCAUCGUCACCUGGAAGUUCAAGUCCUUCUGCCGCGACCGCAUCGCUGACGCUUUCUCGCCGGCCAGUGCCGACAGCCAGCUCAACGCCCAGCUGGCCGCGGGGAACCCCGGCUACAACCCCUACGUGGAGUGUCAGGACAGCAUCCGCACCGUCCGCAUGGUGGCCACUAAGCAGGGCAACUCGGUCACCCUGGGUGACUACUAUCAGGGCCGGCGAGUAACCAUCACUGGCAAUGCUGACCUGGUGUUUGACCAGACGGCCUGGGGUGACAGCGGGGUCUACUACUGCUCCGUGGUGUCAGCCCAGGACCUGCAGGGGAACAACGAGGCUUAUGCUGAGCUCAUCGUCCUGGACUGGUUGUUCGUGGUCGUGGUGUUGCUGGCCGCCCUCAUCGUGAUCAUCCUCCUGGGCGUGUGCUGGUGCCAGUGCUGUCCACACAGCUGCUGCUGCUACGUACGCUGCCCGUGCUGCCCCCAGCGCUGCUGCUGCCCCGAAGCUCUGUACGCCGCGGGUAAGGCUGCCACCUCUGGGGUCCCCAGCAUUUACGCCCCAAGCGUGUAUGCUGCUCCCAGUGCCUACACCCACCUGCCGCCAGCCAGGGCUCCUCCCCCUGCAUCCAUGAUCCCCAUGGGACCUCUCUACACUGGCUACACCAGCAACGUCGACCAGCAGAGCUCCUUGGGCCACGACUCGCAGGUGCCAUUGCUGAGGGACACAGAUAGCAGCGUCGGGUCCGAUAUCCGCAGUGGCUACCGAAUCCAGGCCAACCAGGACGACUCUAUGCGUGUUCUCUACUACAUGGAGAAGGAGCUGGCCAACUUUGACCCCGCACGCCCGGGCCUGGCCAAUGGGCGUGUGGACAGGGCCAUGAGUGAAGUGACCUCGCUCCACGAAGAGGAGAGCCGUCCCCGCUCCAGGCCCCGCCCCCUCAGCCCCCUCUGGGACGCAGACGAGGACCAGGGCUGGGGCGCCGGGGGCUGGGGCCGGGAGCCAGCGUGGGAGCGGGGGUCUGGUCGGCCUCGGGGGCGGGCCCGCUCUGUGGAUGCCCUGGACGACCUGGACCUCCGCUCCAGUUCCGCCGAGUCUGAGGGCCGGAGACGUCCGGCCAGAGGCCGGGCCCAGGCGGGUGCCUAUGCCCCGCGCAGUCACAGCCGCGACGACCUGCGAUUCAUCCAGGAUGCUGAGGCCCGGGGUGACCGCCCACGCCCCCAUCACGACCCCUACUACUACCAACACCCCCGGGCGCGCUCCCGGGAGCCCCCCUACGACGGGCAGCAUCUGGAGGAGGCCCUGAGGAGGAAGGGGGACGGGGAAUGGAGGAGGCAGAGGAGGGGGGAGCAGGAGGAAGACGACGAGGUUGAAGAUGAGGACCGUGCCGCGGCUUUACCCCCUCCUCCUCCUCCCCCGUACUGCGAAACGGAGUCACAGUCAUCCAGGGAACGGAGGCUGAAGACCCUGGCGCUGAGUCGAGAGAGUCUCGUGGUGUGAGCUGUGCGAGAAUGGCUGAUUUUUGUCCGUUUUCUAAUUGGGGGAGUGGGGGGGAGGGAGAGGGGGAGACUGUAAUAAAGUUUGCAAUCUGGUGCUGUA